GUCCUCCCUCCUCCUCCCGCCAAGCCUUUUCGAGGAAUCGCCUGGGAUUGGCUAAUAGGCUGGGGAGGGGGGGUUUGCGGCCCCAGACAAGGUAUCAUCACUUCCUGUUGUGGGCAGUCGUUUCCUGUCGCUGCUUGGUAACAAUGGGGGAGAUAAUGGCUGCCUGAGCAACGUUUCCCGAGCGGGCGCUGGGCUAGAGGCGGGUCUCAACCAGCGACUCAUUGGAGGCGGGCCUGAGAGCGGCGACAAGAGAGGCGCGCAGGAGCCUCGGCGGCGGCGGCGGCCUUACCGACCGACUCGGAUUCCGACAACUAAAACCGAAGCAGAGUAUGAAGAAAACUAAAAUCCAGUUUAUUGUAUUACAAUACUAUGUCAUAACAGUCAGAUAAUUUUCCACUUGUUCAUCAAGAUGGAAAGCUCAGAUUCUAACGAUAAAGGAAGUGGUGAUCAGUCUGCAGCACAGCGCAGAAGUCAGAUGGACCGAUUGGAUCGGGAAGAAGCUUUCUAUCAAUUUGUCAAUAACCUGAGUGAAGAAGAUUAUAGGCUUAUGAGGGAUAACAAUUUGCUAGGCACCCCAGGUGAAAGUACUGAGGAAGAGUUGCUGAGAAGAUUACAACAAAUUAAAGAGGGCCCACCACCACAAAACUCAGAUGAAAAUAGAGGUGGAGAGUCUUCAGAUGAUGUGUCUAAUGGUGACUCUAUAAUAGACUGGCUUAACUCUGUCAGACAAACUGGAAAUACGACAAGAAGUGGUCAAAGAGGAAACCAAUCUUGGCGAGCAGUGAGCCGGACUAAUCCAAACAGUGGUGAUUUCAGAUUCAGUUUAGAGAUCAAUGUAAACCGUAAUAAUGGGAGUCAAAACCCAGAGAAUGAAAAUGAGCCAUCUACAAGACGUUCUAAUGGAGAAAACAUGGAUAACAGCCAAAGGCAAGUGGAAAAUCCACGAUCUGAAUCAACAUCUGCAGGGCCAUCUAGAUCAGAACGCAAUUCAACUGAAGUAUUAACAGGAGAAGUCCCAUCUACUAGAGGUCAAAGAAGAGCAAGAAGCAGAAGCCCCGACCACCGGAGAACCCGAGCAAGAGCUGAAAGAAGUAGGUCACCUCUGCAUCCAAUGACUGAAAUUCCACGGAGGUCUCAUCAUAGUAUCUCAUCUCAGACUUUUGAGCAUCCUUUGGUAAAUGAGACUGAAGGAAGUUCUAGAACCCGCCACCAUGUGACACUAAGACAGCAAAUAAGUGGACCUGACUUGCUAAGUAGAGGUCUUUUUGCAGCUUCCGGAAUAAGAAAUGCCUCACAGGGAGCAGGUUCUUCAGACACAACUGGUAAUGGUGAAUCUACAGGAUCAGGACAGAGACCUCCAACCAUAGUCCUUGAUCUUCAAGUAAGAAGAGUCCGUCCUGGAGAAUAUCGGCAGAGAGAUAGCAUAGCUAGCAGAACUCGGUCAAGGUCUCAGACGCCAAACAACACGGUCACUUAUGAAAGUGAACGAGGAGGUUUUAGGCGUACAUUUUCACGUUCUGAGCGGGCAGGUGUGAGAACCUAUGUCAGUACCAUCAGAAUUCCAAUUCGUAGAAUCUUAAAUACUGGUUUAAGUGAGACUACAUCUGUAGCAAUUCAGACCAUGUUAAGGCAAAUAAUGACAGGUUUUGGUGAAUUAAGCUACUUUAUGUACAGUGAUAGUGAUUCAGAGCCUAGUGGCUCAAUCUCAAGUCAAAAUAUGGAAAGGGCGGAGUCACGGAAUGGAAGAGGGGGUUCUGGUGGUAAUAGUAGUUCUGGUUCCAGUUCCAGUUCGAGUUCCAGUCCUAGUUCUAGUUCUAGUGGUGAAAGUUCAGAGAUUAGCUCAGAGGUGUUUGAAGGUAGUAAUGAAGGAAGCUCAUCAUCAGGCUCAUCAGGUGGCAGGCGAGAGGUUCGACACAGAGCCCCAGUAACAUUUGAUGAAAGUGGCUCUUUGCCCUUCCUUAGUCUGGCUCAGUUUUUCCUCUUAAAUGAGGAUGAUGAUGACCAACCUAGAGGACUCACCAAAGAACAGAUUGACAAUUUGGCAAUGAGAAGUUUUGGUGAAAACGAUGCAUUAAAAACCUGUAGUGUUUGCAUUACAGAAUAUACAGAAGGCAACAAACUUCGUAAACUACCUUGUUCCCAUGAGUAUCAUGUCCACUGCAUCGAUCGCUGGUUAUCUGAAAAUUCUACUUGUCCUAUUUGUCGCAGGGCAGUCUUAGCUUCUGGUAACAGAGAAAGCAUUGUGUAAUUAAGGUCUGAGCUCUCAGCUAUGUACCUGGUAUAGUGAUGGGCAAACAGGAAUCACUUGCUUUAUGUCCACUUUUUGAGUGGUGCUUGUAAAGUUGCAACCUGAAUUGAGUCAUUGCUUUCUGAAUGAAUCGUUGUCCUGUUUCCAAUUUCUGUUCCAGAAUAAAAGGAAAUAUUUAAAAAGCAAUGUUUUAGGACAUAAAAUCUAAUUUCAGCAUCAGUAAUUGAUAUACUAAUGAUUUAUUAUAUAUGUUUAUUAGUUUCUCCUUUGUUAUCUUAAAAGAUCUGUCUUAGCAAUGGCUAUUUCAUGUUGAUUUUUAAAAUUUCCCAUGCCAUAGGAGAGAAGGGCUAAGGAAAUUACCAGUUUAGACUAAGUUACAGUACAUGUUUUAUAAGUGAUUGCUUAAAGCUUCACCAUUCCCAGUUAUUAGUUGGCACAAAUUUAGCUACAUGCUGACUAUCAUUUGUUCACCUUUUAGGCAAGGUGAUAUUGGACAUGUCAGUGUAAAUAACACUAAGGUUAGAUCUUCUAAGUGUAUAACUGUCUUCUAAGCCCAUCACUGUGGCACACUGUAGAGUGAGCUUAUAGUUUAAUUAAGAUGUUUAUCUUGUGGAAAUAUUAAAAAAGCCUAUGCUUGUGUAAGUGAAAAAAAUCACAUUCAUUUGUUUAAAAAUGUAAAGCUAUUUUGUAGAGGCUCAGUACUUUUCCAAUGCACUGUUGUAAUAAUGCAUUACAAAUUGUAAAGUACCAUGCAUAGAAAUGAAAAAAACUGCUUUUCGUGAGCCAAUAUAGUAAAAAAAAAAAUCACACCAAACAAAGUACAAAGCUCCUUUUGUAAGUGUGUACAUGUCAAGAGCAGAACAUAUCUAUAAUAUUUAAUGUAUAUGAACAGCUACUGUGACAUUGCAAAGUAAAGGUCAGAGUGCAGAAUUGAACUACAUUGAAGGCCAAUGGAAAUUGUGUGUUUUAACUUGGAUUUAGGCAGAAAAUGAAAGACGGGGGGCGGGGGAGACUACUACUCUGGAAGAAUUUAAACUUUUUCAUGAAGACAGUAUAAACAUACUGGUUUCAUAUGGUGAAAUCUUCGACACAGUAUUCUACUUGAGCAGAUGAAGUAGAUGAACAAAUUAGGCAGAGCUUUUGCUUUAACAAAAACAAGCCACUAUGACCUAGUAUAAUUUACAUUGUUGUUUUUACAAGUCUCUGCAAAAAAAAAAAAAGAUAGCAAAAAAAUAAAAAGAUCGUAAACCACUUUUAGCCUAAAAAUUGGUAGAGAUGUGUAUACUAAUAAGAAAGUCUCGAAUUUGCAUUGUUUUCAAGAUUUGUCAUUUAAGGUACCAGUGCACACUUGGUAGUAUUUCAUUGCUGUCUAACACAACCUAAUAUUUCACAUUUAAAGACCGGUUGAGUAGUUAAGAGAUUUUCUUUUUGAAAGUGAGUCAUGUUGGGUUAUUUGAAAUUCAAAUUUCAGUUGUGCUGCCCAUAUUUGAAGAUGAGACCACUGACUUAUGAUCCAUGGGUUAUGUACUUUAUGUUGUUUCCUUAGUAGUAACAAUAGGUUUGUGAAAAGAACCUCAGCACUCUUGCCGAAUUUUUCUUUCGAGGCUGGUUGGGGUUUGGAUUAGUCUGAUUGUGGAAGACUGUGUUUGUUUAUUUGGAAAAAGCUAAUGGGUCCAAAGAGGAAUUGAACACAUCCUUGGCCUUUAACAAAGUGAGCUGACUACCCUGGCAUUAUCAGAUACUCAACAAAAUAAACAAUUCUGCUUUUAGGAACUAUCUAGUUACCUUAACUGCUAUCAAUUUAGCUGUAAAGAUGAUUUCAAAGCUCAUAUUUUCAUGUUUUCUUCUUGCUUUCAAUCCUACCUAAGUAUCAAGGAAAUGAACUUGUAAAUGUGGUAGUUGUUUGCUAAGGAUAUGUACUGCUCUUGCAAGGAAGUAAUGUUCAAACAAAGGUUCACUUAUUUUUUUUAAUAUAAGCAGAAAUCACUGUUUAUGGCGCUUAUAUAAUACAUGUUAUCUUUUUAAAAAAUUGUCCAUGUAAAAGUCAGAAUUCCUUUAUAUUUGUGAGCCUCCUUGUCUCCUUUCCGAAGGGUAUGUAAUCUGGUUUUCAGAUCUGCAGGAUAGUCCUGAUUGGCUAAAAACAAACCCAUAUUCCUCAUGGCAUAAAAUGUCCCAUUAUUAUAGGGGUGUUCCAUUUUAUAUAGUUUAAAAACAACAGCUCGUUCUAAGCAUAAAAGUUACUGAAAACAGGUAUCUCCCAAAAUGUAUUAUUCUAUUACUCAUUUGUGAAGUAUUAAAGUAAGAACUCAUGCUGAGUUCUGGUUAUGAAGGUAGAUAUUGAACCUAUUCAUAAAUACUGGAAAUAGAAUUUUAAGUUUAUAGCCCUCAGUAGAAUGCACAUAUUGGGCAUGUGCAUGUGAACAUCUUUUUCAAUAGCAUUCAUUGAUUUCCAUUAGAUUGUAUAGAAUGGAUAAAAAAAUUGAGUGGAAUUAGCUUUUUUUUUUUGCAAGGCCCAUGACUAAUAAGUACUUACUGGUACUGGUGGACAUUGAAGACAAUGUCAGAUGUACAGUGGAGAAGAAAGAUCUUUUUUACUACCAGCAUCCAAACACCUACUCCCUUAAGGGAGCAUUUUCUUGCAAAAGACUUUACAUAUUUUGUAUUUUUGCACUUUUUUCUUUAUUAAAGAAAGAUUCUUUCCGGGAACUUCAUGCAGUAAUAGGAGCAAGAUAAAACAAUGUUGGGAGUUUACAUUGUUCAAAGCAUAGGGGAAAGUACUAAAAUCUGAAUUUCUUUGAAUAUUUCAGAUAUUUUAAAAAAUACACUUACUAGUCUGAAGCAUUUGAGAUGUUAUGUUGUUUAACUCCAAGCAGCUGAUAAAGCUGCAGUUUAUUAGUACUACAAACAAAAUUGAACAAGUUAGGUUUAAAGUUUUCAGACUUUGUAGCAAUACUAGAUGAACCAUGUUAAUUUUGAGUAUUGCUCUCAAAAGAACACAUUAGUCAUACGUUAGUGGUUAAUGGAGGCGGGAAUUGAGAAACGUGUUCACAUUAGUGUUGCAAUGUAGGGAAUAAUUGGGCAGUUAACAAGAAAAAUGUUUAAUAUAUAUAUAUAUAUAUAUGAAAUAUCUAAAAAUAUCAUUGGAGUUUAUCCAAACUUUAAGAUUAGGAAACUGGUUAUCUAUAAGGGUUACCUCAAGUAAUUUCCCCCCCUGGGAAAAAUAUGUCCUCUCCAUGCCAAGUAUUCAGUGUCUCAAAUUAUAUUUAUGAAGGAUUAUCACUUAAUAUGCUUUGUAUUGAACCACCUGCUUCCCAAAUAUCCAUGAUAGCCAUGACUUCAGUCAGUUCCCAAAAUACCCAUGUGAUAGGGAGGUGAAUGUUGCAAAAUGCCUCCUAAAAGGCCAUUUUUACAGCUUGCUAGAAUACAGCGGUACCUCAUAGUUGUUGAUACUUUUAAAGAUGGAGGAUAUUUUUACCCUCCUCCCCUUCUCUUUUGUUCUUUUAUAAGUAAUCUGCCUUUGAAUUUUUAAGUUUUACCUUACUGGCUUACCUGUCAAAUGUAUUACCAACAUUAAGUACUUAGAAACCAUGUUUGCAGGGCACUUUUAUUCAUGGCUUAUAAGACUAUGCUGAUUGCUACUUUUUAAAGUAUUCUGUACCUUAGUAAUGCAAGAGAUUGAAAAGGCACAUGUUCAAGUGUCAGGCGUUUUCUUCCUUAGUAGAAUUCUUCAGGAUGUUUUAUAUUCAAUAAUAGUGUUGUAAUUCAUUGAGUUAACUUAGUAAAUUGUAUGCUUUUGAAAACAUUUGAAAAUGUAAAUCAAUAUAACAUGCUUUAUUUGUAAAAUUAAAGUUCAAGGUCCAAAGAACUAGUAUAAAACUUAGUUUUAAAUCAGAUUUUAAUAACUAAGAAACAGCUAUGAAAACAGCUGUAAAACUUUUAUCAUCCUGAAAUUGAGUUCUUAACUGGACAUUUCUAAAAUAAUAUCUAAUAUUCCCAGUAAGUGAUUAUCUCACUUGAUUUAAGUAAAUCCAUUUUAUAUCUAAAACAGCAUAUAAUAGGGCUAUUACUGAAGUGUUGGAACUUACAAGAGAUAACAACAGUUUAUUAGUUUUAUGAUUUUCAUUUCUAUGUAGGUGUUUUAAUUCAAAUUUGAAGGAAAUAGGCAUACCCUCUAACACUCAAAUAAAAUUAUAGUGAGGUGUUUGUUUUUUAUUAGUAUUUCUUUUGCUAAAGACCCACAAGUUGCUUUAUGGUCACUUGGAUUGAGUGAUAACUUAAAUAUAUGUAGUGAAAGCAAACCCAUAAUACCACUGUGCCUAAUUAUUUCAGGGUUCCUCUAUCAGUUCCUCAUCUUGCAGAUUUAUUCCAAUACCAACGUAUGGUUGAACCAGCUCCCCAGCCUUAAAUCCCUUUAGUGCCCCUCUGCUAACAUUCUUUUAACUGAUUGAUUUGUAUGUGUUUUAACUAUCCAGUGAUUGGAUUUUACCUCUUGAUAGGUCCAUUUGUCCUUGGUGCUGCUUUUAAAUAUGUAGGGCUAUGUGAUCAGGUAUCAAGUUCAGUAGGUACACAGUUGGCCUGGAUAUGUAUCUGCCUGUUUUAUCUUCUCCCAGGAAGAGCUUCUUUGGUAUAGAUGUUUACGUGGGUUCAUAUAAAGAACUGGGCUACAAUCUUGGGAAGCUUUCUGAAGUCUAAGAACUGAAAGGACUUGGAGGGGGGAUCGUAACAAAGGCUGCCUUUACGUCUUUGAACACGAAGCACAUAAAUGUCCAUUCUGUGACGACGAAAGUGAUUGUUACACCAGGGCUUCCUGACCUCUGGGAGAGACUUGCAAAAAAGCAGAAAGGAGCACAAAGUGAAGUUAUUUUGGUUAGUUUGCUUUAUCUGGUUUCUCAUUUUCUUUAAAUUUAAACCUGAACAUAACACCCUUCUCCAAUAUCUAGCCAGCAGACUCCUGGUUGGGAAGCCCUGUAUUAAAAUUUGAGAAUGUACCCAGUUUCCUUUUUUUGUACAGUGCUUUUACACCUGCUAAAAAUUAACUUGUUUAAUGCAAAACAAGACGUUGGAAGGUCAGUCAUAUUAAAGCUGGUUUGAUUAUUAAUAGUUAUCUUUUAGGAAGAAGCUUUUUCCCUAUGUAAGAUGUCAUACUGCAGAUUUAAAAUAUAGACUAUCAAUAAAAUGCAUGAAGUGAUCAUUUGUGCUUGA